GUCGGGCAAUCGGCAGGGACGUGCCUACGCCUGGCAAAACUUCAGCAAACUGGUGUGCAGCGUUGCCAACAAGCCAGCGCAGGAAGCUGCAGACGCAGCGCCGGUUUCGCAGGUCUUGCGAUCCUUUCGGCCUUCGCACAUGGUCGCGGAGGACGGGCGUCGCCGGUACCAAAUUGUGGCCUGCAGACUGCACCCCUGCUCGACGGUCCGCCCGGCAGUGGUCAUGGAAGUCUUCCGGGCAUCUUACAAGAAGAAGGGCGGCUACAUCAGUGCAAAGGCGGUGGAUGAGGAGCUUCCUGCCACUUUCGCCGGUGCCAUUCGCAUUUUACUGCUUGAGCCACACAAGCACAAUGCUGACGGCAGUGCUCGCUACGUUGCGACUUGUUUGUCAGAGGCGGUCUCCCUGGACCCGCACGAUGAUCUGGGUGUCGUGCUUUAUCAGCUGCCGGACUGCCACCUUCGGAUAACGGAGCAUCGCCAGUAUCUGGAAGUUGAAGUGAGCAAGGCAGCGUCAGACGGAAUGAAGGCGGGAUCUCAGAUUAUCCAGGGACGCUUUGACUAA